AGCAGUAGCAGUAUAGUUGGAAGUGCGCCUUGUACCGGGUUUGCAACGAGAGUGUUCGUUUCGCGGUGCUCGCUAGUGGGCUAGCCUCACGAUCGCUUGCCAAACUUUUUUUUUCUUUCAUUUUAUUAUUUUUCAUAAGUUCGCGAGAAAAAAAUGGCAGGUUUUACCGAAAGUGCACUCGUUAAAAAACUCAUGGAUUUAAACCCAUCACAACAAAGCAUACAAACCUUGUCCUUGUGGCUUAUACAUCACAGAAAACACCAUCCAACUAUCGUUAAAGUCUGGUACAAGGAAAUGUGCAAGGUAAAGGAUAACCGCAAGCUGAUGUUCAUGUACUUGGCAAACGAUGUUAUUCAGAACAGUAAAAAAAAAGGACCAGAGUUUGGCAAAGAAUUUGGUUCCGUGCUUCCAAAGGCGUUUGAGCAUAUGAAGGGUUUUGACGAAAAGACACGAGAUCGUCUUAACAGGCUUUUGACUAUCUGGGAGGAAAGAGGUGUUUAUGACAAGGCACAAAUAACCGAAUUUAAAUUAGCAUUUGACGCAGCUACCGAACCGAUGAAAGAGCCCGGCACACCUCCGAGAAAGAAGCCACGAAAUGACAUUGAAAAAGAGAAAAAAAUCAAGAAAAAAGAGAAAGAGCCAGAAAAGAAAGAACGAAAGAAGUCAGAAACGGAGGUUGAAGUGGACGGUACCAAAGAACUUCAUGUGACACUGAGCCCACGAACACCCGCGGGGGAUCCCCCAGAAACGGAGGAACUAAUAAAAGCUUUAAUGGAUUUGGAAAAUACCGCGUCUUCGGAUGCAGCCGUACGGGAACGCAUAGCGUCCUUACCGCCCGAAGUUUCUGAAGUUUCGUUGCUUGCUAAUCUUGCGGACAGAGCAGCAGCCGAUCAAUUGAGCAUCGCUGUCAACGAAGCGGCUGCACUUUUGGCUGAUUACAAUGGUAGACUCCAAGGUGAAAUGGAAGAUCGUCGCAGGCUUCUUACCAUGUUGAGGGAUUACACCUUAGCUCAGAGACAAUUGCUUCAACAAGCACAGACGACGCUCGAGGAUUAUAAAGAAAAAUUGAAAAAAGUUUGCGCAGUUAGAUCAGAAGUAAAAUCGCACAUCUCGAAUCUUCCGGACCUUACGCAGUUACCUGACGUGACCGGCGGCCUCGCGCCUCUUCCAUCGGCCGGUGACCUGUUCUCCCUUCACUAGUUUGCAACACAAAAUAGUCCAACUGUGCUCUUACUUUGCUACGGGUUUCCGAGACGAAUUAAACAUAGUUCCCACAUAAUGUUUAUGUUACAAGGUUGAUGAAAACCCAGACAAAAAUGAAAAGAGAGAAAAAGAAACGAAAAUUGUAGCGCCAACAAAGAUGGGUUAUUUGUGUCUUAUUUGGGAGACAAAAAGACUGAGUUCGUGCGCUCUCAGCCUUACGUUUAUCCUUAAAGUGUGAAUGUCGGUAUAAAUGAUGGUGCGUGUAUUAGUGCGUGUAUGUACGUGUUGAUUUCGAAUGCGUAAAUCUUUGUUAAAAAAUUGUGAUUAUCUGAAAAAAGAAUCAUCGUUCCCCGGAUGGCAUGAAAAGGGAUUCGAAAAAAAAAUGCUGAGCAAUCAAAUCGUUCGUCGUUCCUCACUUUCCCCUUGAAACUGAAACUUUCAAUGUUAUUUUGAAAAAAAAAAAAAAUACAAAGCGAGUGUCUUCUCCAAUCGCGUGCUGUUUUGUUGGAACUUUUAAGUCACUGAUCAAC